AAAGGGAGGCCGUUCCCUCCGUCUCCGACGCAACCACACCUCGCAUCACCGCUCUAUCCCACGAUUUACACACUACUCCCUACUAUUACUACACUAUAUAUUCACUAUGAAGCACACUCUCUCUUCCACCGCUCUCGCCUCCAUGGUCGACACUCCCGAGAUUUCCGGCAAGCGUCUCUGUCUCCCCCAAGACCACCAAGGCCACCAAGUCUCGCCUCUGGUCCAAGCCUCCAUUGUGGUGUCCAACGAUUCCUUCCUCUGGCGUCUGGAUGUCUCUACCCUGCUCCGACUCAAGCAGACCUGCAAGACGAUCGACUCAUUCAUUCGAGGCUCCAAGUUGGUCCAAUUCCGACUUUGGCUCGACAUGAAUGGGAUGGAUAUCUACCAUAGCCACGGAGACUACCUCGCCAAUCGAUAUGGUGAGUUUGACGUACAGAAAGCGAUUCUGGACCAAGACGCCAAGCGCCUCUUCCGGAGCUACCCUUCCCCGUCCCCGAGCUUCUACGACGACCGCUGGCUCUUGAAGAUUAUGGACGCACCCGAGGACACCACGAUGUACACCAAGGCCGAGCGAGCAACUGCCUCUGCCGUCUUUGCCCGCAUUUUGAUGAACCGCUGCAUUGGAUCGGAGGGUAAAUAUCGAAUUACCCGCAACAAAUUGAAGACUUAUUACGAUGCCGUCGAAAAUGCCGCCAAACUCGGGGACACUGUCGCGGUGUAUAUGCUGGGCAUCGGAUAUCUGAGUCGAUACGGCCUCUCGGUUAUAUACUCGGACAAUGUUGUCGAGGAGAAGGCGAUUCCCAGACUCGAGAAUGCGAGUGCCGCCGGGUAUCCGUUUGCCACCGCCAUUCUCGCUACGAUCUACCGACGCAAGUGGCUCUACCAUCGAGGCAAUCGAAAGGAAAUGAAGUUCUGGAGGCUCCUAUUCAACGCCCAGUGGACACAGAGUGCUGAACACUGGGCGUCCGUCCGCAGGUUCUACAGAAGGGAGGUCGUCACUCACACAUCCGUCAUCAGCAUUCCCCAAGCCAUCGUCGACCUCAUCGCCCACAACGUCAAGUGCUUCAGGGAUCACCCGGAUUUCAAGCCUCUGAGUGGCAGGGAGAGCCGACGUUUGUACAAAUGGUACCGGGCGAACGACUUUUACGAGGCCGAAUUUGAAAAAGACGAAUACUCCAUGUCGGAUGAUGAAUUGGCGGAUUUCUGCAGUGAAUCGAUGGACAUUGACGAUGAUGGUGAUGUUUUUGUGCUGGAUGAUUCUGUUUCCAUUCCCUCCGAGCUCAAUGGUGCGAUCUUUGACUUGACUUCUGACUCUGAGGAUGAAUUGAUUGAAUAAAGACACUGCUUUGAUCCGUGUACAUGUACUCUGGGUGAUGGGACAUGGAGUCUUUGUGUUUGGCGGUCCUUGUGGGACGAGUGACAGGUCGAAUCCUUGCCAGCAACCACGUGAACCGGCUGGAUCCGAUUCGAUCCGCGGUUCGGACAGGCUCGGUGAUCUUCGUCUCGGGU